AUGUCUGGGAUCGAGUUGGCCUCCUCUCAGAGUAUCCGAGCAUUCAAAUCGAGUGAGGAGUAUCUAUACGCGAUGAAGGAGGACCUGGCUGAAUGGCUAAAUGAUCUGUACGGAAUGGACAUUACCGUGGAUAACUUGGUGCAGGUGCUGCAGACCGGCUCUCUGCUUUGCGUGCAUGCCAACAAAGUGACCUGUGCUGCGGCCGAAUUCCUGCACGAGCAUGGGAGUGCACACGUGCAGCUACAACUGCGGCUGCCCACGUCUGAAGUGGGCUUCAUCUGGUCGGCUCAACCGAACACCUUCCAGGCCCGGGAUAAUGUGUCCAAUUUUAUCAACUGGUGUCGAACUCAGAUGCACAUCAAAGACGUUCUGAUGUUCGAGACGGACGACCUCGUCCUGAGAAAGAAUGAGAAGAACGUCGUGCUGUGUCUGCUCGAGGUGGCUCGCCGGGCCUCUCGCUUCGGCAUGGCCGCACCCGUCCUCAUACAGCUGGAGCAGGAGAUCGACGAGGAGAUGAGGGUGGAGAAUGACCAGCCUGUGGUGCAGAGAUGCCUGAUGGACAGUCAGAACCUGGAUAACAUGGUUCAGUGUCUGAUAAGUCGAUGCACUUGUCCUACUCAGUUUCCCAUGGUGAAGAUAACCGAGGGCAAAUACAGAGUCGGAGACUCCAGUACCAACAUAUUUGUCAGAAUCUUAAGAAAUCACGUAAUGGUGAGAGUGGGCGGAGGAUGGGACACCUUGGAGCACUAUCUGGACAAACACGACCCCUGCCACUGCACGUCUCUCAUACAUAAACUGGCACAGCGACCAGCUACUCCGGUCCACGAGAUCAAAGCCAGACAAUUUGGGCCAGACGGCCAGACCGUAUCUCAAACGUCUUUGUUGCUGAGCCGAGUUCAGUCCCCCGUUGAUCCUGUAGUCUGGUCACCUUCUGGCCCCCCCAGGACGUCCAGAUCAGACCCAGUGCUCCGGAACAGCUGUUCUCCUACUAAACUGAGACAGCCCAAUUCCGAGUCUAAGGAUGACAUGGUGCUGAAGUCCACCAGCAGAACUAGCAGAGAUUCCAACAGGGCAUCUCCAUCUCCACGUCUAACGAGCAGUCUCCCACGGCCAACCCGGCCCUCCACCCCGACACGACCUGAGACUCAUCGUCCCAGUACGCCUUUGGUUUUCCACAAGGUUAACAACCAAGCUUGUAUCAAAACCCAACAAGGACCGGACAACAAGCUCGGCCAAACCUGGACCAAAUCACAGUUUGUUUCAAAGCUGAGACAAAAUGCUACAGUUGUGACAAAGACCAACCAGGAGAGCCAGAGACUUCAAGAGAAACCGGCUGGUCAACACCGCCAAAGAAAUAACACUCAAGCUAAGCCUUUCCAGUGCGUCACACCGGUUCAAAGUGUCAACCAAAGUUGUAGCACUCAAGAGCCUGAGAACAAUAUCAAUGUUGGAAAGAACCAGUUCAUUCGUACAUUUUGCCCCUCCAGAGGAAGGAUGGGGGUUAUUUUAGGGGAAUCAAAUAAAAAAGGUCAGUCAGACUCUUCAGAACAAAUUCAACCUACUGUUCAAGGACUCAUGAGAAGCCUACAAAGAUAUUCAUCACCCACCAAAUCACAUUCCAAAGGGACACCCCCUGAGCCAUACUCUAUUGUAAAUGCAAAAAGAAGAGAUGGAGAUUUGGGUAAUAGGUACCUCUUUACUCCCCCUCCGAUCAGUCCUGCUCAGGAGGCCAUGCUGUAUCAGAGCCUUGAAGAGGAGAUCCUGUCCAAUCUGCAACAGCUUGAGAUGGACUCCGACUCUGGUGACUCAGAGCAAAACGAAUUUAGUAUUCGCCCUGAGACUCCAUAUUUGCUCAAUUCUACAGAGAACACAUCCUCUGUUUUCAGUUCAACUUCUAGACCUACUAGUAGGAAGGAUGCUAGCUUUGAUGGCUUCAUCGGAGCGCUCACGAAAGAAAAGAAGCCACGUGAGAAAGGAUCCACUGAAAGAUGCAGAGGCAGGAAGCAAGAAAGACAGUCUCAGUUUGAUCCAAGAUAUGGCCGAUCCAUGGCCAAUUCCUGGUCCUCACUAGGAUCAAGUAUGGAGUCGAGAGAAUCGAUUGAACCACCCAAGAUGUCAGGUGUUUACACCGCUGUGCAGGCAGAUUCCUCGGACUCUGGGAUUAAAUGUAAAGAAAGGCCUCAGGGUUCCUCUUCAAGUAAGAGAAGGUCCCUAAAGAAGCCAGAACGAGUGCCUUCCAUCUACAAGUUAAAACUGAGGCCUUGUGUGCGCCCCAGACGGGACCACAGGCCUGACAAGAAUCCUACAAGAAUCCCUAAACCAGUCUUCUACCGGAGAAGUCAAAGCCCGAAAGACACCACUCAUACUAUCACGGACAGUACUGCUAUGUCUAAUACUCGGAAAGGACUCAGUAUAAUUCGUAGAUCAUCCACCCUGAGGCGCUCCAGGAAAAACUUAGGGAGGACCACAAAGUGCCAAGGAAUAGUCCAGGAGAGAGUGACUGAUCAGGAUGUUGAAUACUGGGUUUAA